GGACGGCGCGCCUGAAGGCGCAGGAAGGGGACUACGGGGCCUGGGGCCCCGAAAGGAGAGGAAGACAGAAAGGAGGAAGAUGCAACUGACCCGCUGCUGCUUCGUGUUCCUACUGCAAGGCAGCCUGUAUCUGGUCAUCUGUGGCCAGGAUGAUGGCUCCCCUGGCUCGGAAGACCCUGAACCUGACAACCACGAGGACCAUUCCCGGUCCCGGGUUCCUAGGAAACGGGGCCACAUCUCACCCAGGUCCCGCCCUGUGGCCAGCUCCACGCUCCUAGGGCUGCUGGCUCCACCGGGAGAAGCCUGGGGGGUUCUCGGGCAGCCCCCCAACCGCAGCCCCUCGCCCUCAGCCAAGGUGAAGAAAAUAUUUGGCUGGGGUGACUUCUAUUCCAACAUUAAGACGGUGGCCCUAAACCUGCUGGUCACGGGGAAGAUCGUGGACCACGGCAACGGGACCUUCAGCGUCCACUUCCGCCACAACGCCACGGGCCAGGGCAACAUCUCCAUCAGUCUUGUGCCCCCCAGCAAAGCUGUGGAGUUCCACCAAGAGCAGCAGAUCUUCAUCGAAGCCAAGGCCUCCAAGAUCUUCAACUGCCGGAUGGAGUGGGAGAAGGUGGAACGGGGCCGCAGGACCUCGCUCUGCACCCACGAUCCAGCCAAGACCUGCUCUCGAGACCACGCCCAGAGCUCGGCCACGUGGAGCUGCUCCCAACCCUUCAAGGUCGUCUGUGUUUACAUUGCCUUCUAUAGCACGGACUAUCGGCUGGUCCAGAAGGUGUGCCCAGAUUACAACUACCACAGUGACUCCCCCUACUAUCCCUCGGGGUGAGCCCAGGCACGGCUGAGAGGACGGGCCUGCCCCUCCAUCCCCCAUGCAGAAGGAGGCCAUCCACCUGUCCGGACACUGGGCAGGGCAGGGCUGCUGCAGGCAGACAGGCAAGGAAGGGAGUGGAGAGGAGGAACUGCCAAGUGAGUGCUGCCCAGGCCGAGUCUCCAGUGUCAAGGAAGGGGUCCCCAGCACUGGCCAC